AUGAAGUUCGUUGGCUUUCUCCUGCUCAGCAGCCUCACCAUCGUGAUGGUGGUGGCAUUUCCUGGUGUCCACAGCGCACAUCCUGAUCUGCCAGAUGCUGGCGACCAUGCUAAUGCGAUUUCCCGAUCCGCAGCGCCAGCGACAACAGCGGACCAGGUCGAUUCUCUCGUACGUGAGCCUCGUCAUCUGCUGAAAUAUCUGCUCUCGAAGCCCGUUGUGGUACAGCCGAUUGUCUAUCAGCCUGUUGCGGUGCCGAGGCAUGGCUAUCCCAGUUACGGAUACAGCAAUCCCUACUACGGCAUCAGGCAGUACUAA